AUGUCAGUUGAUGGACAAUCGCCACGAAGAGGCUCCACAUCCUCAGCCAAUACACCAAUUCUUCCGCCAUUAUCAGCAUUUGCGCAAAAGCGCGCUCUGGAAGAUGAUCAUCAACCUGCAGUCUCGUCACCACUCAAUCCAGAAUUCAAGGUCCAAAAGACUGGUGAUGAAACACUAGGCGGAGUUCGCGAACGAGCUUCGAGGGCCAAAAAAGAAUCGUUGAAGAAGAGGGAGUCAAAAGCUGGAUCACUUGCGCCGGAAGGAAGUGCAAGAGGUACACCGGAUCCAAAAUCAAUUUCUUCCAAUAAGAAGAAAGCCGCGAUCACUUGCAUUACUCCUCUACGAUACAAGAUACCUCCACCGAAAAUACCGGAUUUUGAAGCUCCCCGUGGACCGACUCUCGUUCCUUCGCACACCAGGGUUGCGCCAGAUGGCACUAAAAUCCAAUUUCACGAGACUACCGAUCACGUGUAUAACAAAAAAAACUUUCGAUAUACUCGCGGCAUAGCAGAUCCGACUUUUCCUUCGAUUCUCUACUAUCGACAAACAGAAACGGAACCUUUUGGUGCUCGAUUAAGUUUUGAAGAUUCAGCUCCUCAUAUGAUGAUGGACGAAACAGCGAGACAUAUUACAACUGACAAGGGGUUUAGAAUGGCGAAGGCCAAUGUUGGCAUAAGGGAAGGUCGAUGGUAUUGGGAAUGCAAGAUUACAAGUGGUGUACCGAAGCCUAAACCAGGAGAGCCUGCGCAAGAGUCACAUGGACAUGUUCGUAUGGGAUUCGCACGAAGAGAAGCAGCUCAAGAUGCACCGGUCGGAUUCGAUGCCUAUAGUUACGGCAUCCGGGAUGUAGCUGGCCAAAAAGUAUGGAUGUCUCGGCCCAAAGACUUCUUCCCGGCAGGAGAAUCGAUACACGAAGGAGACGUUAUUGGGCUGGAAAUUAACCUGCCUUCCGAGAAGUUACAUCAGAAAAUCGUCGAAGGAAAUUACAACCCAGCAGUUGAUCUCACGGAUGAAUACGAUGGUGGAAUGGAACGAGCAGAUAUGAUACGAGAUCGAGUACCUAUUCGCUUCAAAACUCACCUCUAUUUCGAACAGAUUGAGUAUUCCACCUGUAAGGAAUUAGAAGAACUCAUGAACCCUUCACCAGUCAUAACAUCGGCCGGGGGUGUCUCAUCUGCAAGUCAAGAUCCCGGCCCAACUCACCCUGUACCCGCUCUUCGUACUCUCCCGCACUCAUCCAUCACGGUCUACAAAAAUGGAAAGUUAGUCGGAACACCAUUUACAGAUCUCCUAUCUUUCCUCCCACACGCCUCGAAACCACAACCCCAAGUCGGUGCCAGAGAAGGUCUAGAUGAUGGUAUGCUUGGCUAUUUCCCCGCCGUAUCAGUCUUCCGCGGCGGCGCAGCAGAAGUUAAUUUCGGUCCUCAAUGGUGGUAUCCUCCACCAGGUUCAAGCGCAGAAGACGAUGAUGUGGACAUGGUGAAUGAUGAUGAAUCUUCUUCCGCCAAAAUCAAAGCAGCCAGCGAGCGAUACGAUGAACAAAUCGUAGAGGACAUUCUCUACGAUAUUAUCGACGAAGUCGAUUUCUGGAUCAGGGAUGGAGGCGAUAGUGGGAAAGGCAAAAAGAGGGAUUUACAAUUUGCGAAUGGAGGGGCUGCGAAUGGUGGGGGGCUGGCUGGUGGUGAUGUGGGUGGAGAGAUUAAGGAGUUGGUGCAGGAUGAUGAGUAG